AUGAAGCGCUCCAUAGUCGCCUGGCUCUUGCUUGGGCUCAGCCUUGGUAUACCCCAGUUCGGCAAAGCUAAUAUCUGUGAUCCCAACCCAUGUGAAAACGGUGGCAUCUGUUUGUCAGACUUGGCUGAUGAUUCCUUUUCCUGCGAGUGUCCAGAUGGCUUCACAGAUCCCAACUGCUCUAGUAUUGUGGAGGUUGCAUCAGAUGAAGAAGAUCCAACUUCAGCAGGUCCUUGCAGCCCAAACCCAUGCCAUAACGGAGGAACCUGCGAAAUAAGUGAAGCUUACCGUGGCGACACAUUCAUAGGCUAUGUUUGUAAAUGUCCCCAUGGCUUUAAUGGGAUUCACUGUCAGCACAAUAUAAAUGAAUGUGAAGCAGAGCCUUGUAAAAAUGGUGGAAUAUGUACAGACCUUGUUGCCAAUUAUUCCUGUGAAUGCCCAGGAGAAUUUAUGGGAAGAAACUGCCAAUAUAAAUGUUCAGGCCCAUUGGGAAUUGAAGGUGGAAUCAUAUCAAACCAGCAAAUCACAGCUUCGUCUACCCACCGAGCUCUUUUUGGGCUUCAGAAAUGGUAUCCAUACUAUGCACGACUUAAUAAGAAGGGGCUGAUUAAUGCCUGGACAGCAGCUGAAAAUGACAGAUGGCCAUGGAUUCAGAUCAACUUGCAAAGAAAAAUGCGAGUAACUGGUGUGAUUACCCAAGGAGCUAAGAGAAUUGGGAGCCCAGAGUAUAUAAAAUCCUACAAAAUUGCCUACAGCAAUGAUGGGAAGACUUGGGCAAUGUACAAAGUGAAAGGCACCAGUGAAGACAUGGUGUUCCGUGGAAAUGUUGAUAACAACACACCCUAUGCUAACUCUUUCACACCCCCCAUCAAAGCUCAGUACGUGAGACUCUACCCUCAAGUCUGUCGAAGGCACUGCACUUUGCGAAUGGAACUUCUUGGCUGUGAACUCUCAGGCUGUUCUGAGCCUUUGGGGAUGAAAUCGGGACACAUACAAGACUAUCAGAUCACUGCCUCCAGCAUCUUUAGAACACUCAAUAUGGAUAUGUUCACUUGGGAACCAAGAAAAGCGCGGCUGGAUAAGCAAGGCAAGGUGAAUGCCUGGACCUCAGGCCACAAUGACCAGUCACAAUGGUUACAGGUUGAUCUCCUUGUCCCUACCAAAGUAACUGGCAUCAUCACACAAGGAGCUAAAGAUUUUGGUCAUGUACAGUUUGUUGGUUCAUACAAGCUAGCCUACAGCAAUGACGGAGAACACUGGACUGUAUACCAAGAUGAAAAGCAAAGAAAAGAUAAGGUGUUCCAGGGCAAUUUUGAUAAUGACACCCACAGAAAAAAUGUCAUCGAUCCUCCCAUUUAUGCAAGGCACAUACGAAUCCUUCCUUGGUCCUGGUAUGGGAGGAUCACUCUGCGGUCAGAGCUGCUGGGCUGCACAGAGGAGGAAUAA